GUUUUGUGAUUGUGCUUUUGAAUUUCAGACAGGAUGACUAAAUGUACUGUUUUAGUCCAUUCUGCAAGGACUAAACUAAUGAAGUGCUAAUUAACUUUCCAGCACCUAUAAAGAGGUAAUUCACUCAUCCCAUCUCCCACUGUAAACUGCAAUGGCUAUUAGCAUGUAAAGGACUGCCAAGUCCUAUAAUAAGUGUUACAGUCAUAAAUAGCAAAUAAAUACUGAUAAGCAUUGUUAGUAAGAGCAAAGAAAGAGACCAAAUAAAGAUAAGAGUGUUCUUAACAGAUGAUUCAAUCUGGGUACCUUGCUCUCCUUCCCCGCUGAGGCUGUCGUGUGCUGCAGUCACGCCUCUCAGCUGCCAGCCUGCACUGGGAUGAUAAUCAGUCACUAUGAAAACUCAUUAGCUCCACAGCAAUGAGCCCUCCACUGCUGAAGCUUGGUGCUGUUCUUAGUACCGUGGCAAUGAUCUCUAACUGGAUGUCCCAAACUCUCCCAUCUCUGGUAGGACUAAAUACCACCAGACUACCCACUUCAACUCAGAUUAGCCCCAAGGAAGGGUGGCAAGUUUAUAGUUCAGCCCAGGAUCCUGAUGGCCGUUGCAUUUGUACUGUUGUUGCACCUGAACAAAACCUAUGUUCAAGAGAUGCCAAGAGCAGACAACUUAGACAGCUGCUAGAGAAGGUUCAGAAUAUGUCCCAAUCUAUUGAAGUUUUAAAUCUACGGACUCAGAGGGAUUUCCAGUAUGUUUUAAAAAUGGAAACACAAAUGAAAGGGCUGAAGGCCAAGUUUCGGCAAAUUGAAGAUGAUCGGAAGACAUUAAUGACAAAGCAUUUUCAAGAGUUGAAAGAAAAGAUGGAUGAGCUCCUGCCACUGAUCCCAGUUCUGGAACAAUACAAAACUGAUGCCAAACUAAUCACCCAGUUCAAGGAAGAAAUUAGGAAUCUGUCUACUGUCCUCACUGGGAUUCAAGAAGAGAUUGGUGCUUAUGACUAUGAGGAACUACACCAGCGGGUGCUCAGUUUAGAAACCAGGCUUCGAGACUGCAUGAAAAAGCUCACAUGUGGCAAAUUGAUGAAAAUUACAGGCCCCAUUACAGUCAAGAUAUCCGGAACCCGAUUUGGAGCCUGGAUGACAGAUCCAUUAGCAUCAGAGAAAAACAACCGAGUCUGGUACAUGGACAGUUACACUAACAAUAAAAUUGUCCGCGAAUAUAAAUCAAUUGCAGACUUCGUCAGUGGGGCUGAAUCACGGACAUACAACCUUCCAUUCAAAUGGGCAGGAACCAACCACGUUGUCUACAACGGCUCCCUCUAUUUCAACAAGUAUCAGAGCAACAUCAUCAUCAAAUACAGCUUUGACACUGGGCGGGUGCUUGCACAGCGUAGCCUUGAGUAUGCCGGCUUUCACAAUGUCUACCCUUACACCUGGGGUGGCUUUUCCGAUAUUGACCUGAUGGCAGAUGAGAUUGGGCUAUGGGCUGUGUAUGCCACCAACCAGAACGCAGGCAACAUUGUCAUCAGCCAGCUAAACCAAGACACGCUGGAGGUGCUGAAGAGCUGGAGCACAGGCUACCCAAAGAGAAGUGCUGGAGAGUCCUUCAUGAUCUGUGGCACCUUGUACGUUACUAACUCUCACCUAACAGGAGCCAAGGUCUACUACUCUUACUCCACCAAAACCUCCACUUACGAAUACACAGACAUUCCUUUCCAUAAUCAGUAUUUUCAUAUAUCCAUGCUUGACUACAAUGCGAGGGAUAGAGCUCUCUAUGCCUGGAAUAACGGACACCAAGUCCUGUUUAAUGUCACCCUUUUCCACGUCAUUAAGACUGAAGAUGACACAUAAUUCUCUUUCCCUUUCCUUUCCCUCACCUCCCAUCCUCAAAGCAGUGUCAUUUGUGAUAAAUUCUAAAGCCUUCAUCUCUCUCCAUUCCUUUUAAUUUACAUUUCCUUUUUCCAUUAAGGAAAAGCAACAUUUUGUACUACACAAUGCAUUUCAAAUAUGGCUGAGCCUGUCAAAAAUGACCUGUUGGAUAUAAAAGCAUCUUAACUCAUGAUUCUACAAGGUCUUAAUGGACCUUAUUGUGAAAAGCACUAAAGAGGAUUUAAGUGGCUAAAGACAGUUUUAAAAAGAUUAUGAUCUGCCUUAUUGUAGAGUCAGAGACUAAUGGUGGCUUAAAUGCAUGAAUGUCUUUUUUUUUUUUUACCUCAUUUUUGAUUUUAAUCUAUUGUUCAACAUCAGGAAACAUUUUGGUAGCAGACAUAUUGCACAUCGUAUUUUUUAUUUAUUCUAAAGGAAAUAUUUAGGAAUUUAAUUUUCGUGAACAUGGAGUAUGACUCAUUUUGCCAUCGACCAAUUUCAGAUGUGGUGCUGUAUAGUAAGUUUUUAAAUCUCUUGCAAACAUUUUAUCAACAGUAUGUAUUUCUACCAUUGUAACCACCAUUGUGCAAUUGUAUCUCUUCACUUCUGUGAAAGUAAACUAAGUACUAUUUUUUAUAAAAUAUAUUGAAGCUUAAUUGCAGUUCUGGCUAUGGGUCAGUCUAAAGCGGUAAAUCUGAGAAUAGGUUGUUAUUUCUCAGACAGAUCAAUAGUUUCUCAGGUGCAUGAUCCCCAUUCUCAGCUUUGCUUGGUAGAUCCCUUCUUACUCACCAUUGGUGCUUACUGGCAAAUUUGCAGUUUUGAAGCCUCACACCAAGCCCAUCUUUACAACCUGUUCACCAUGUCCAAUUUUUACCACCCUGCAAGCUCUCGGUCUUUUUCUCCUGCUCUUCCCUCCCACUAUUUUCUUUCCUUUAUGCUCACUCCCUGGUCUGGGCCCUGGAAGAUUGAACCUGACAGCGGGCUGCUGCCGAUGCCCCCAGCCUGGGGGUGGGAGCAUGUACCGCACUCGCGCUGGUCUGGGGUCACUCCUUCAUCUGCCCAGCUUUGUAUUCAUAACAGAAGAACAUUUAUCUGUUGAUGAAGGAUUUUUAGGGAUGACAGUAAUUAGGAACAAAAUACAAAGGAAAAGGUUCAAGUCAUCGGUGUGAUACCUGGUAGCUUCCAGAAAUACUUGUUUCUUAAAGGUAUUAGUUUUAACCAUAAGUAAUGCUAUUACUGCUAGCAAAACCCAAACAUCUCUGCAAAAAGUUGGUGUCAGUGCUGUGGCUGCUUUCUGGCAAGGGAGAGUAACUGUGAUGGCUAUUCAGCUUGCCGCACUCUCUCAGUAGAAGUUGGAGGGUAGGGGUAUUUUACUGAGGAAGAAAGAAUGAGGCUUGCCCCAUAUUUCAUUGGAAAUUUGGGGGGUGGGGGAGGUAUUCUGUUGAGGAAAAAGAAUGAGGUGCUAUUUACCUAUUUUGACAUGUACAGAAAGAAACUAACACUAAUAAAAUGUCUAUAACUAGUUCUUAAACUGGGCUGUCACGUAAGGCAGAGAGAUGGGUAUCUGAAAGCAUGAAAAGCUUUGUUCCUCACAAAACCUGAGACUCCCCUUUUUUCCUCUUUUAAACCCUUUCAAACUGGGCUCAUAGAAAAGCAAAAACAUGUAGAAAAGUGUUCCUGUUUAGGAAGAAAAAAAAUAAAUGCACUGAUAUUUUUGCCAAAUCUAUUUAGAGGCCAUUUGAUUUGUUGAUUUUUCCAAUAUACCAGCUGAGACC